CUGUGGGAGCUUUUUCGUCGAUCGACACCUACAGUCUUGGCAACCAUGCCAGCGCGUGAUCCGUGAUGGUAGCACAUUUGGUUAUGCUGCCUGUCAGAGCCGAUGAUAACCAACCCCCGGAUCUGUUUACCUUCUACUGUUCAUAUUUUUCUUUUCUUUUCUUUUUCUUUUCCUCUUUUUUUUUUUUUCUCUUUCCAUGCCUUCGUCUUAUUCCUCUUCUUUUCCUACUUGUCUUAUCAUACCGGAGGCUUUGUGUAUUGGCAUAGCACGCGUGGCGUUGGGACUUUGACUGGGAUUGAUACUUAGACUCGCUUGUUUUUGUUUGUUUCCAUCAUUUCAUCUCUUUUUCAAAUACGGAACCGCACUGGGCGCAUUUGUUCU